AUGCAACGUCUUCACAGGAAUGAAAUACAGAAGAUGCUGCAAGGACUUGGAGUUGACAUUAAGCAGGCUCUUCUUGCAAAGAGAAAAAUGUUCGAAGUGAAUGCCAAAGCUCUUGUCAAAACCACUAACGAAAAAAUUGAGCAUGUUUGGAACAUACAGCAAGAACAAAGGCAGAAUCUUCAUCUCAAAUAUUCUCAGCAGUUUCUGACUUUGUAUCGGGCGUGGGAUACAGACAUGCGGAAAGCCCGGGAACAAGAAGAAAAACUAGCUGAUAUGUUCCGAGAGCAACGAAAGAUUCUUCAACAAGCUAGAGCUGUUCAGAACCAGAGACUGCAAAAAAUUAAAAACUUACAUGAGCAAUUCUUAAAGAGUAUGCAGGACUUAGAGAAGGCCCAUGAACAUCUUCUUACUGAUGAACAAAGCGAAGUUAGGGAAGACAUGACCAAGCUGCAAAACAAAAUUAUGAUGGAAGCUCAGCAGCAAGCGCUGGCAGUUGUUCAGAAGUCUCUUCAUUCCCUGUUGUUCUGAUGACUUUGAAGAAAGAACAGGAACCCAAGUCUUAUGAUACAAGUGUAACAUUAGCUACACUGAACCACGUUGUAGUAGUUUAAAAAUCAUAGUUGAAAUCAGUACAUCUUGUUUAUCAUAGCUUGCUUGGUAAAGUGCAAGAAUCCAUUCCGGUUAAAACCCCCAACCCUAAACAGUGAUGUGGAUCGCAGCAAUUCCACAAUUAUAUGUAUUACGCUUUCAGCCCUUCGUUAGUAAUGACUUUUUGUACUUAACCCUGUCAGUUAACUUUUAACAAUAACGAUGAUUUAAUUCUAGGCUUGGCCUCAGUGGAUCUGUAUCAGUCCCAAAAGGUUCAAAGCACAAGUACAGAAAGAAGGC